UUUUUGUUUUUUACAGCUUUAUUAAGGUAUCAUUUUUGUUUAGAUUAAAUAAGCGUUAGUCCACUAAAAUCCACCCAUGUGGUUAGCUCUUGGCUGAGCUAAUCAGAUGUUGGUCCUCACGGGAGCAGUCACAACCAGGUGCGGCGGGUACCAACCUUUGAGUAUCGGAAGUAAAGAUCAAAGAGGAAGCAACCACAUUCAGGACUGGGAACGCCCACCUCCCCUACUUCCGGUCUCGUCCUUUGCUGGGCGCUCGACGGAUUGGCCCCCGGAGCAGAGGGCGUGCUUGGGCGGGACUUCCGGUCUUUUGGAGAGGAAAGACGCUUCCGCGGGUUGAGGGAAGAUUUGAACUGCUGAUUUCCUGUGUUUAUUUUGCGGGGUGGUGGUUGGCGUUUCAGCUUCUCUCCCGCUACUGACUUGACGAACGUCUCGGCUAAAAAUAUUCUCCCUGUGGCCUUAUUCCUCUGCGCUUGUCACUGUUUUCUCUCAUCAAGAAACAUAACUUGUUGGUAAUUUGUCAGAUUCAUGAAAUAUCCAUCGAGAAGCAGUCGUGGGCAGACUUCAAGCAUUUUGGCAAAUUAAAGCACAGGGGCCGUUGAUUGGCCUUAUUUCCGCGACUUUUCAUCUCAGAAUUGCCGUGUUGAGUCCAAGACGUUGGUGGUUGUUUUGGUGAGGCUUUUUCUGUAACUACAUAUUGCCAUUUUGAAAAAUGAGGUCCAAUUGAUGUCAAGUACAGACUUGUCAAGUACGGAGAUUGUUAAAUAUACUGUGACGUAAUGUACUGGGUGGUGAAAACAAACAGGAAUAAGACGGUAAAGAUGAAGCUGAAAUUCUUCUCCUUGGAAGGACAUUUUAUCCGUAGUCAUAGUAAUGGCAGCUGAAGUGCAAAUGGUACUUUAUGAAGAUGAUUCCGUGCAAGUGCAAUAUGCUGAUGGCUCCAGACUACAGCUUUCUCCUUGUGGCUCUGAAUUUUUAUUUGAAAAGGCACCUCCUGUUUCAGCACAUCCUUUAGAACGACCAGAAAGAAUUCGUCAAAGGACACAUUUUGUUAUCAGCACUUACCGAGAGCAACUACAGCGAGCCCUAGAUUUUCGAAAUUCUUUUGCUACUUGCCCUUUUUUAUCUGAAAGCAUCAUACCUUCUGAAAGAAAAAAGCGUAUCUUCAUUGACUUCUCAGAAGUCAGAUGGCCCAGUCCUGAUACUGAUGAUGGCAUGCUGUGUAUGCAGAGCGGCACUGUGAAGAUAUCAUCAUUAGAUGGGCAUGCAUACCUUUGUCUGCCGAGAUCGCAGCUUGAAUUUACAGUACAUUUUUUGUGUAAAGUAAGCCAGAAGCCAGACUCAUCUAUAGUAUUGUCAGAAAAGAAGAUUCAAGCCAGAAAGGACAAACUAGAUGAAACAGCAGGCAAAAUCUGUACAUACGGAAGUUUAUCAAGACAGAGACUGAAGAAUAAAGAAAACGAACUUUACUAUCAGACCAUGAAAUCCAAGGAACCUUUAGAGAAAAAGAGCUGUGUAAAUGGAGCCGAAGGGAGUGGCGAGCCACCUCUGCCUGGUACAAAACACACGUGUGUAUACACGUGGGUGAAACAAUGCUGGCCUGUGGCCUCCUGUCCAGAGGAAUGGAAAUAUCCCUUGUCUUUAGCACUGCAUUUGCAUGAUAAAAUCAGCAGUGUGUCUAGAAUUGAUGCGGCCAUCACCCAGAAUAAAACUUUGACUUCUGAUAUUUCAGAGGAAAGAGGAAAAGAGGUUUCUGUUCUUCCCAGGGCCCUGUUACUCAGCUGUCCUGUCCCACACCUGCACAGGUGGAAUUUUUGUGAUUCACUUUCACAAGGACAGUUUGAUGAAGAAUAUUCCUAUCCUGAACUAGUGAAAGUAGUUUGGUACAAAGGUGUAACUUAUCGACUUACCCAUAAAAAUGUGAACUCAAUAGAGAUUUAUCCUGGAGAUGGCUCUGUUUUCAAAUCUGAGGGAGCUUAUUUUGGGAGCUAUUUUACUUAUUAUUCCAUUCAGGAAGGAUCAGAAGAGAAAGAAGAGAAAACUUAUUCAGUAAAUAACCUUCCUCCUGAUAGACCAGGAAGUCUGUUCUCUGUGUGUUCUCUAAUUAAACAGGCAACCAGAAUUCUUCAGCACUGUGCGAAGACAAGGCUUUCUUUAAGCCAUAACUAUCGUAUAUGCUGCUGGAAAAUGGUACCUGGGAUAAAUGAUAGCAAUAUACUGCCUUUACUUUUGAGAGAAUCGCUCAUACCCAGCGUGGGAAGAUUUCUUGCAUACUCUGAUGACAAAGUACAUGCUCUCUUUUUAAAUGGCAUUACUCUAACCCUAAAUUGGGAUUUCAGCUCUUUUACUGAAAAGAGACAGGCAAAUCAAGGUCUCAACUUAGCUUGGUGUAAGUUAACUUUUCCUGAUGGGCAAGAUCAGUUAAUUCAGAUUGAACACCCUGGACCAUAUGAAAGAUAUGUGACAGCAGUCAUAUCAUGGUGCAGAAGCCUGACCCAGACUAAUCAGAGAGAGAUGCCCACACAUUCUUCAUCUUCUAUUCUUGAAGAAAAUUGGUCUGUGGCCUCUGAACUUGAAAAGAUAAAGAAGUUUAACUUGUUACUGGAGAAUAGUGGUAUCCUAAACCAGAUUUCCAACAAAGAAAAUGAACAGUCAUCUGAUCAUUAUGAACCAAAACCUUCAGAAACCUUGCUGGAAGAAGUUAAUGAAAAGAGAGUAUCAGUGGCAUUGAAAAAAACCUCUGAAAUCCUUCAGGAUAUUGACUAUCUUCUAUUAAAUUCUAAAAAGUGAAUCACAAACCUUAAGGAUGUUGUUUCAAGUGACUAGUAUUACUAGUAAGCCAAGAAAUUACAUAUAUUACUUCUGUGCAAUGAUUAUAUGAAAAAAUGACAGUUAACUUUGGGGGUUACCUAACUUGUAAAUUUUAAGAUAUAUAUUUAUAAUGUACCUUAUUAAUAAAGAACUAUUUUAGAAUUUU